AUGUAAAAGAGUCAUCCCUCAUAAUUAUCAAUAAAUAGAUUAACAAAUUCUUUAUUAGAAUGUAUAUUGAAAGAGCAGCAUGGUAGCAUAAAAUUUGAUAUAAUAAAGAAAUUUUAAGAAAAUAUCAAUAAUAAUGAAAUACAUUAAUUUAUUAUUUAACUCUGGUAAUAUUGAUUAUAAUAUAUUAGUUAUAUUUAUUAUGUAACAGGUAACAAUCAUCUUGAAGAAUUUUUAAAAAAGUAUGGUUUGAUGAAUUCUUCAAAUUAUUAUAGAUUAGAAUGGACUUUAAAGGCAUUAAGUGAGGAUUCCAAAUAUUACCCCAUAUAAGAUUAUUUCACUAAAUUCUAAACAGUAAUCAAUGGAGUAAUUUUAGCUUAUGAAACAUGAAUAUGUAAACAAAGGAUUAACAUCUACUAAUAGCAGAGAAGAUUAUUUUCAGGAUAGUAAUGAAUAUAUAUAAAUUAUAUAUUUAGUGUAUUUAAUUAAAGAAGCUAGAGCAAAUUAUUAAGAUAGAUAAGAUCAAUUAAUUUUUAACUUAAUUGAAUAGAGUUUAAGACUUAAAAGUAUAGAGAUAGAAGAAAGAAAGGAAUAAAUGAUAGCUUUUUUAAAAAAGAUUAAUCAAAAUAUAAAUUAUUUAUGGUAAAUAACUUCAUAAGGUGGCAUAACAAUACCAUUCAAUUAUGGAUUAAUAGAUUCAUAUUUAGUAGUUCAUAUUCUUGAAGAUGAGUUUACUUGUUUCAAUACUGCAAAAAGAGUACCUUACAAAAUAAUUGUAGAAACUAUUGAGUAAUAAUAUAAAUAAUUUACAUAGUCCAUCUGAAAUAGAACUUAUAAAGAAAGCAUAAGAAAUCUAUUAAAGUAGUAAUGAUAUUUAAGAAUUAAAUCCAUUUUAUGAUAUUGAGAAAGAAAUGAGAAGCAUAGCCCAAUUAAAGAUACUCUAAUAAUAUGACAUUGAUGAAUUAAAAAAGUAUUGUAUCAGGAUAUAUGAGAUUGGCAUUAAAAAAAGUAGAAUUUCAUUUAAAUUCUGAAAACUAAAAAAUAAAGAAGAAGCCACGAGAUAAAGAUAUUUAUGCAUCAUCAACUAAUUGUAAUUCAAUUUGGGGAGAAGAUUGGAAUGAGACUUAGUCUAGAAUUCGUAAGUAAUCUUAAUUUGGAUAACUUAAAACUUAUCAAAUAAGAUAAAUUAUUGUUAAAGGAGGUGAUGAUUUAAGGAAUGAAUUAUUAAUCAUGUAAAUGAUAAAGAAAAUAAAAGAAAUUUUUGAAAAACAUAAAUUAGAUAUCUUUUUAAGACCUUAUGAUAUAAUUUUAACAUCACCAAAUAGUGGUAUAUUAGAAUUUAUACCAAAUACUGUUUCAAUUGAUAAAAUUAAGAGAGAUUACUAAGGUUACACUUUAAAAUAAUUUUAUGAGAAUUUUUUUGAUUGCUUUAUUGAUGCUUAGAUGAAUUUCUUGUAAAGUCUUGCAGGUUAUUCUUUAAUUUGUUAUCUUUUUUAAUUGAAGGAUAGACAUAAUGGAAAUAUUUUGAUAGAUAAUUAAGGACAUAUUAUACAUAUUGAUUUUGGGUUUGUUUUAACUUUAACACCAGGAAAUUUAGGUUUUGAAUCUGCCCCAUUUAAAUUAAUUGAAGAAUAUGAAGAGCUUUUAGAUGGGAAAGGUAGUUAUUUUCAUAAUUAUUUUUAAACUUUAAUAUUUAAAGGUAUAUAAUAAUUAUUUAAUUUUUUAGGUUUAAUGGCAUUGUAAACAGAAAUUGAUGAAAUAAUGAAUUUUGUUAAGAUUAUGAACUUCAGUCCUAAACAUAAUCUAUUAGUAAGUUUGGAGAAAUUUAAAAUUGAAGAUUUCAGAAAGAGAUUUAUGGAAAAAUGCUCUACAGAUUAAUUAUAUGAAUAUGUAUAGAAUCUUGUAUAAGAAUCCAGUAAUUCAUGGACCACGACUCUCUAUGAUUAUUUUUAGUUUAAGACCAACUCUAUAUAUUAUUGAUACUAAUUAUUAAAAUAUGAAAUAACCUGAAUAUAAAUGUACAGAAAAACUAUGGAAACCUAUAGUUAGACCUCCAAGACAUAAUUACCGUUUAAAAGAUAUGGGCAAUGAAAUAUUUAUGGUUCAUGAUACUGUAGUUAAACGAGUAGACUUUGAAAUGAUAAAUAGUCGCGGACUAACUCUUCAGUGCAGGUAAUUUCAAUGAAAUUGCUUAGUUUAUUUGAGCCUGUUAGAAUUCAAGAUAAGACUCAUUCCUGUAUGAUUUAUUUGCAUGGGAACUCAAGCAGUAGAGUAGAAUCUCUAACAAUAAUAGAAUAUUUACUUCCUUAAAACAUUUCAGUUUGUGGAAUUGAUUUGUCAGGUAAUCAUAUUAUAAAUCUUAGGUUCUGGUUAAUCUUAAGGAGAAUAUAUUUCAUUAGGAUUCUAUGAAUCAAGAGAUGUAAAUGAUCUCUAUAAUUAUUUACGUUUAAAUAAAGUAAGUUAACUUCAUUAUUAAAAGUUGCUUAGCCAUUUAUCACUUAAAUCGGUUUGUGGGGUAGAUCUAUGGGUUCAGUGACAGCUAUAAUAGCUGCUAGUUUGAAUUCUAAUUUCAAAAUACUUGUUUGUGAUAGUCCCUUUUCAAAUUUGACUAAUUUAUGUUAGGAAUUGGCUUCUAAUACUUAUAGUAUCCCAGGAUGCUGUUUCAAUUGCUUUUGGUGUUUCGUUAAAUCUAAAAUAAGAAAGGAAGCUAAAUUUAAUAUUGAUGAUCUUAAUAUCAUUCAAAUAAUACAAAGUUUUUAAAUAGAAUUAUUCUUUAGCUUUACCAACUGAUGUUGCUAUUGUCUUUCUAUCAGCUAAUGGUGAUACCCUCAUUAGAGAAAAACACCCUAAAGCUUUAUCAGAGAAAUUUAGAGGAAUUAAGGAAUUCUUUUAGUUUGAAGGUACUCACAAUUCCAAAAGACCAAUUGAAGUUAUGAAAGAAACAGUCUAAUUCAUAAUUGCUUAAAUGACAAAAUAUGAUUAGCAUACUAGUCAAAAAGAUACCAAAGGUUCAUUAAAUGGUAAAGAUUAGAUUCCAAUUACUGAUGUUGGAGUACCAUUACUAUAUUCUGAAAGACCUUACAUAUCUAAAACAGAAAAAUGA